AACCACUUCACUGCACGGCUGCACCCACGCUCACGCGCUGACGAAACAUUGAAGUGCGGAGAGGGAAAUUCUUACCCGCUAGAAGCGAAGUGAAGAACCUGUUAAUAUGGCGGAGCAGGUAAGCCAGUGCGAUGGAGGCUCCGUUGCUUCUGAUCUCAUCGAUUUCUUGAACGCUUCUCCCACAGCUUUUCAUGCCGUUGAUGAGGCGAAGAGGCGAUUGAGAAAUGCUGGAUUCGAGCAGGUAUCGGAGAAGGAUGAUUGGAAAUUGGAAGCUGGAAAGCGAUACUUCUUCACUAGGAAUUACUCCACCAUCGUUGCCUUCGCCGUUGGGAAAAGGUAUGUUGCUGGCAAUGGAUUCUACGUGAUUGGUGCUCAUACUGAUAGUCCUUGUCUAAAACUGAAGCCUGUCUCCAAGGUAACUAAAGCUGGUUACUUAGAAGUUGGAGUGCAGCUCUAUGGAGGAGGUCUAUGGCACACAUGGUUCGACCGUGAUUUGACAGUGGCAGGACGGGUUAUAGUAAGAGAGGAUAAGAAUGGCACUGUUUCCUACUCACAGAAACUAGUUAGGAUUGAGGAACCUAUUAUUCGAAUCCCAACAAUUGCAAUUCACCUAGACAGGACUGUUAAUAGUGAUGGAUUUAAAAUUAACACACAGAGCCAUCUGCUUCCUGUCCUGGCUACAUUAGUGAAGGCUGAGCUUAACAAGGUGGUAGUUGAAAGUGGUACUACAGGAGGUGGGGAUAAAAAUGAAGGACAAUUGUCCAGCAAAGAAAGCGGGAAAGGUAACCUGAAGCAUCAUCUACUUCUAUUACAGAUCAUUGCAAGUAAGCUUGGCUGUAAACCAGAUGAUAUAUGUGAUUUUGAACUGCAAGUCUGCGAUACACAGCCAAGUGCAAUAGGUGGUGCUUUGAAGGAGUUCAUUUUCUCUGGAAGGCUUGAUAAUCUGUGUAUGUCAUUUUGUUCUCUUCAGGCAUUAAUAGAUGCAACUUCUUCGGAAAGUGAGCUGGAAGAGGAGAGUGGGGUUAGAGUGGUAGCAUUGUUUGAUCACGAGGAGGUUGGAUCUGAUUCAGCACAAGGAGCUGGAUCUCCUGUCAUGCUAGAUGCUCUAUCCCGAAUCACAAGCUCCUUCAGCUCAAAUUCCAAGCUUCUUCAUAGGGCAAUCCAGAAGAGCUUCCUUGUGUCUGCUGACAUGGCGCAUGCCCUUCAUCCUAAUUAUUCGGAGAAACAUGAAGAAAAUCAUCAGCCCAAGUUGCAUGGAGGGCUAGUGAUUAAACACAAUGCUAAUCAAAGGUAUGCAACCAAUGCAAUCACCUCAUUCAUUUUCAGGGAGAUAGCAUCAAAGCACAGCCUUCCAGUUCAGGAUUUUGUGGUGCGGAAUGAUAUGGCAUGUGGCUCAACAAUAGGUCCGAUCCUGGCUAGUGGGGUGGGCAUCCGUACGGUUGACAUUGGUGCUCCUCAGUUAUCCAUGCAUAGCAUUAGAGAGAUGUGUGCAGUGGAUGAUGUCAAAUACGCGUACCAGCAUUUUAAGGCAUUCUUCAAGGAGGUCUGUCACCUUGAUGGCAAGAUUAAGAUCGACAUAUAGAAACCUCUCUCUCUCUCACACACAAUGCCUCUCGGUGGAAAGAAGAAAAAAAACUGGUUUUGAAGUUGGAACUGUUUAUACUCUUUGGGUUAACCCUUUCUAGCGCACGUAUUUGUCUGCCUUUGCGAAUUGCUUGGUCACACACUCAAGUGCACAAUUACAUGUUAGAGGUCUUAUGAUUAUAUGCUUAUUUAGAUGAAAAUGGUGUUUAUUUGCUGCACUAUAAGUUGAACUUUUGUGGCAAAGGCCAACAUCUUAAUCCAU